ACUGGUUUUGAACCGUCCCUGGCCGGUCUAGUUGGAACUGGAGCUGUGGGGUGCCAAGCCCAUGCGAGAUUUCUUUACAGAGAGCUGCAAAUCCACCAAGAAAUAGUGGCCAUUUUAUCUUCUACCUUUUCUGCGCAAUCUGUGAACCAAAGUUUACACCUUUGCUUACAGAUUACUAUCCCUCUAUUUGUAUCUUCAAUAUAUAAAAUGGCCCAGCUGCUCCAAAUUCUACGUAGAGCAAGAGAAAAACCAAAACCCAAGAGGAACAUAUCUCUCUCUCUAUAUAUAAGGAAGAUAGCAUAUAGAUAGAUAUAUGUCUCCAAUUUUCCUCCAACCACAACUCUCUUUCUAUCUUCAGAACACAUACCCAAAAAAGAUUAUCUUACCAUGAAUGCCCUUUUUUCAAUCCCAUCUUCAUCGCUCUUCCCUUUCUCAACGGGGCUGCUUUUGGGUUCCUGUGUCAGCAAGUUUCAGACUAAGACAAGACAAGAUACACGGAUAUCUUCUUUCUAUUUACUCCUUUUCAAGUCGAAUUGGGUUUGAGUUUUACUAUGAUUUCUCUAUUUAGUUUUCUGAUUUUUUGUUUAUAUCUUUUGCAAAUCCAUAUCAGAAUUGGAGUUCUUUUUAGUAAGGUAAAUAAAGCUCUUUUUUUUAUUUGAGUAUUAAGGGGAGGAUCAAUUUCGACUCAUAUCCCAAACCCACAAAUAAUAAAUUGGCUAAUUUUGAAGCAUAACAUGAGUCCAUCUCAAUCCAUUGAGGAGGCUAGAUUUAAAUCGAAACAUCAAAGCCUACUUGAGGAUUUCUUAGAAUUGCAGAAGGAAUUUGUUUCAAAGAAGAAAAAAUUGCAGAUGACAAAGCAGAAGAGAGACAUUCUGUCAACUGAAAUUCGAUUUUUAAGACAGAGGCACAGAUAUUUAAUGGCUAUGUGGUCACAUAAUCAUCAGCUACAGCAAGAUCAAGCUCCACCACAAAAUUCAUCCAUGCAAAGUGAGGAUGUUGGGAAAUUGUUGAGAGCUGAGAAGAAGCUCAAGGAUGGGAUAAUCAAUGGCAAAAGAGUUCAGAAGAAAAUCCCAUGGCAAGAUCAGUCAACUGUAAUGAAGAUCUAAAUGUUUUAUAUUUUCUUAGCCGAUAAUGGAAUCAUUCAUAGAUUAGAAAUUCUCUUUUGCUUUAUUUUCUUUUCAUUUUAUCACAGUGGAAAUUGUAAAGAGAAAUUUCAAUACUAUAUUUACCAUAUUUUUUUUU